AUGGCCGAAAAAUCUACAAAAGCUGCUGGCAGACGAAACGCUCCUCUCUCGGCCCGUGGGAGCUCUGUGGAACCUAGAAGGACUGCGCGCACAACAAGAAGUCAAAGUCGCGAACUGAGUGACAACGAGAGUGGUCGCGAUGCGACAAGGAUUAAGAAGGGCGGGAAGUCAGAGUCUCGCUCCCAGCAAGGGGUUCCUACAACUAGAAAAAGCAAGCCUACUAAAGCUUCAAGAGCGGAUCCAGAUUUAUCAAUGGUCGUCGAAGAGGACGAUGUUCAAUAUCCUCAGCUACAAGAGGCCGAGGAAAGCGAAAGCCCUGGCCCCGGUGGGGGAGCUCAGACCGGACAGGCCAAUACGAACUCAUUCUCGAAAUCCCCAGGAGGUGCAUCCGCGUUUUCAGGGACGACUGCACGAACUUCGCGGACGGCCCAAGAAAUAGAUGAUCUUACGUCGGAGUCUCUUCAAGACGCGUUACCGGAUCUCUGUACCGCCUCGGAGAGGCUGCUUGAUUUCUUGAUUUCUCCAAAAUUGAUGGAGGACGGUCCCAAAGAUGCUGUUGUUAGUGCUUUGAGUGAUGAAUUAGAGAACAAGCGCUCCAGAACUAGGAACAAUCUCAACAGGCGUAUAGCGGCCUUCAACAUUCAACGUGAGGUAUUCUCGACGAAGUGUUUCAUUGAUAUCAAAAGAUCGGUGCGUACAAUACUGAACUCAAGAGAGCUAGAAAAUGCCCAAGGACCCUGGCGACCAGAAUCCUUGCUGCAAAAGAUCAACAUUGCAGCUUUGACGGCCGCCGUGUUCUCCCCAGAAACAUUACCUGAUGGAGAUUUCGCGUGGGACGAAUUGGAUAGCGAUUUCCCCCACCAGUUCGUAGACGAGCAAGACGAUGUCGACCAAGAAAGCCUUCAAUUAACAUUGCAACUUGCUCUAGAAAUACGGACACAGUACGUGAUCACGCUUCUAACGCAGCGUUAUGGCCAGCCAGGCUUUGACUUAGACGACACGUUGAAUGAGGUGUUCAAUGAGAGGACGCAGGUCUUAAAGGGUUGGAACUUCAACUCCAUGCGGACCCGUCAGCUUUCGCGGGACACCAGAAAGGCGUUGGUAGAACGCCUAUCGGGCAUCCGACAAGCGUACCAGCAGGCUGCGACUAGAGAUGUGGGCAACGACAGCAUAUCAAUGGCACUCGCAGCUGCUUAUCCGAGAAUCGAUUUUCUGACAACUACAUUGAACUGGGAAGUUCACCAAUUGAAUCGUCUUGAGAACAUCAUCAGCCCACUAGGGGGUCCCGAAACCAUCAUCGAGAGUUUGAUUGAUCAGGUUCAGACUAGAAGGAGAAUACAUUCCACACCACCUUCAGAGGCUAAGCCCUUAUCGCCGUCGGAACAAAACAAAUCGCUUGGGUUACCACCUACGUCCACUGAGGAUGCCGCUCCCCCACCUCCUACGUCAACGAAAAACGCUGGUUUGCAGUCUGGAGCUUUCAGCUCGAACUCUUUUCGAGGCAAGCAAAUUGUAGAUGUAUUGAAGCAGCGUAAAUCACGCAGGGACUCAACUCGUGCCGCCGUAGACCAGCAGCCGCAAGAGGACGAAUCCGAGAUUCAAGUAGCCUCGACUUCGGCUGCGCCAAUUGAGGCCUCCCCUAAAACAAGAGCCCCCAAACCACCAAGAGCAUCAAUUGCACCUCGAAAGACCAUAAGUGAAACUCCAAAUGAUGAUGUGAACGGCCACUGGAUGUCGCCGAACAACGAUUCGAAUGACGAAGACGAGGAAGCGGAGGCCUUCCAGACCCAAAAAUUCCCAAAGAAAAUCCUUCAACGCGUCCGAGUCAUUAGUUCACAGCAACAAGCAGAGAGUAAUAAAGAGAACGAGCCUGAAGUACGCCGCUCGCACGGUCGUAAUAGGCAAGGUCCUAGUCUGCUGGAUCCACAAGCAAAUGCAAGGUCGGUGAACUGGAACAGCCAAGACGAGGAUGAUAUUGGAGCCAAUGAGGAGAGACCUCAAACCUCACACCAUCCGCCUAGUACCAGCUCACGGUCAAGGGCACAAGUUGACAAGCGACCAGCUCCAGAAGCUCCCCUAGCAAACUCAAGUCCAUCUAAACGACCAAGAUUUCGAGAUCCAAGAGCAGAGUCCGAGAGUUCUAGACAGAGCGAAGAACGACCUGCUCAAUCGCCACGACCACUUCAGGAGCGACAAACCCUGACACAGGCAGAAGUCUACCGUGAAGUAAACAACGCAGCUAAGGCCCGUGUUGCUCUGACCAAUCAGAAACGACCACAAACCCGAGUCCCUUGGUCAGAUAUAGAAGAGGGAACACUCAUGGAUUUGAUCGGACGAUUUGGGAACUCAUACGCUCAAUUGCUGCGGAUCGAUAAACAGGAGGAUAAUAUCCUCAAGAAACGAGACCAGGUAGCUUUGAAAGACAAGGCAAGAAAUAUGAAGACGGACCUUCUUAAGUACAUCACGUUCAGUCUUCUCUCAGCGGGCACAGUCUUACCUCCAAAUUUCCAACUUGUUCCCAUUAGCAAACUCCAGGUUGAGAAACUAGCGGGUUUAGGAAUUAUUUACGAUCCCACUACGGGUCACCGGCAAGACGGUAUAUUUCAACAAGUUGACGAUGACGAUUGA